AUGUCGAUUGGAAUACGCCGCAGGCUCGUGCUUAAGGAAAUGAUGGAGGACAAGUUUGAGUUGCCCACAGAGAGGCAGCAAAUAAUGCGUGUGAUUAAAUGUCGUGACAACAAUCUGUACAAAGUUGAAACUGCAAUUGUGGGCUCUGAGAAUACCCUAGCCUCCAUGCCGAAAAAGUUUCGUAGGAAUAUAUUGAUCGGGCGUGGAGAUUAUGUGCUGGUGGAACCUAUUAAGGGUCUCAGGAUAAAGGGCCAUAAGGUGAAGGUGGAAAUGUGUAAACUCCUAACUCCAGAGCAAUUAAAAGAAUACAGUAGGGCUGGUGUAUGGCCAAAGCAGUUUGGUGAAAAGCAUGACCACGACCAAUUCGUUAUGGUAAGCGAUGGAGAAAUGAAUGGUGAUGAGUUAAUAAUUAGAAAUCCCAAUGGAUCUCCAUUGUCGGUGGAGGAUACUACUGAAGAUGAGGAAAUUUGCAGUACUUCUACUGACGAAAUUAGAAAUGAUUAA